UUUCAAAAUGAAUUUCUCUGAUGUGCCACCUAUGUUCUAUGCACGGAACUAGAGCAACGCACUGGCAGCUUGGGAAAAUACAAGGUGUUUGCCUGCUUUAUCAACCGAGCGUACGCCAUUUUACUUACAAAAGGUAUGCACUAUCGUUCGUCAACAAUGUAAAGCGAAUGGUGAAAUGUUUGUUCGAUUUUUCGAGUGUUUGUGAUGUAUGUGUGGUGUUUUAUACCCUGGAUUAAAUAUUAGGAUAAUGGAGGAGCCCAACGAGGACUCUAGGGUCGUUCCCGAACUCUACUUUCUGAUAGCGAAAUUUCUUUCGGGCGGUCCGCUGACGGAAACUGCAAAGACAUUGUUAAAAGAGCUCGAGAGCGUAGAGGUUCUACCCCGCCGCCUUGACUGGCAGGGCGAAGAGCACUCACAGUCGUACAAUGAAUUGGCAGCGCAGUACAGCGACGUUCCAUGGCACCGUCUGGCAGCAGUAUGCGCGAGCGCGUUGCGUCUUGCUCCCUCGCCUACGACGAGUUCUCUCCCUCUCGCUCCCUCGCCUUCGACGAGCUCGCUCCCUCUCGCUCCCGCUUCAUCUCUUCGCGUGCGACUCUCGCUGCUCGGGGACGCGUUGGUUCGGACCAGACCGAAAUAUUCUGCGUUUAAAAAGGAUCAUACGCUCGCGCGCCGUUUGCUCUCCCGUGAGCUUGGAGGCAUCAUCGAAGGCCGAGAGACAGCUCCCCGGGCGCCGGCAGCGCAACUCCUGCCACAAAGGCUGCUUGGAGGCCUACAGUUAAAUCGGAGGACCCUAGGACAUCUUUCUGCUGUCUAUUGUCUGGCCUUUGACUGCUCUGGUCGUUAUGUUGUGACGGGCGCCGACGAUCUUCUAGUAAAAGUAUGGAGCGCGUACGACGGGCGCCUCAUCGCCACGCUCCGCGGCGCCGGCGCCGAGAUCACCGACGUGUGUCUGUCCCGCGACGGAGCCCUACUGGCGUGUGGGAGUGUCGACAGACUUGUGCGGGUGUGGUGCCUCGCUACUGGCGCUCCGUUAGCUGUUCUACACGCGCAUGCUGGAACCAUUACGUCUGUCCACUGGUCGCCCUGGGCGCGCGGCGACGUGCGCUGGCUCGCGUCCACGUCCACCGACGGCUCCGUGGCCUUCUGGACCUGCUCCCGCGACGGGCAGUUCCUGUCCCAGCCUGUUCAGUACAUGGAGAGGAUGCGACCAGGCGCCUGCCACAUGAUAUGUGCUGCUUGGUCUGCUGGAGGAGCGUUCUUAGCUGCAGGGUCGCAGGAUCAUCAUGUCAGGGUGUACAUGGUUGACGGCGAAGGCGGCGGUCCCCGCAGAGUGCUGGAGACGGCCGUGCACUCGGAGGCGGUGGACAGCCUGGCGUGGGCGCACCGCGGGCUGCGCUUCGUGUCGGGCUCCAAGGACGGCGCCGCCUGCAUGUGGGCGCUGCACGCCUCCGCCUGGCGCCACACGGUGCUGCACUGUGCCCCUCUAGAUGAUUCAGGCAAGGAUGACGGCAAGAAACUAAAGGUCACAAUGGUAUGCUGGGACCGAAGCGACGCUUACAUCAUUACAGCUGUCUCUGACUGCUCCAUUCGAGUGUGGUGUUCCCGUACGUGCGGCAUGGUGCGGGUUCUAAGAGGCCACAAAGACGAGGCCUACGUACUGGAGGCCCAUCCGUUACUACCCGGCGUGUUACUAUCAGCAGGCCACGACGGCCAGCUGUUCGUAUGGGACGCCAGCACUGGCGAGAUCCUGGCCUCAUUCCUAAACAAAAUCGAAGGGCAAGGCGAAGGCGCGAUCUUCGACGCGAAAUGGGGCGGGGGCUGCGCUCUAGCCGCCGCAGACGCCCACGGACAUCUGCUGCUGCUCUCAGUGGCCUCAGGACCGAAGCUGAUGUCCAAGCUGCCUCCGGAGCUGUUCUUCCACACGGACUAUCGGCCUCUUUUGAGAGACGCUACUGGAACAGCCCUUGAUGAGCAGACCGAGAUCCCCCCGCACCUGAUGCCGCCCCCCUUCCUGGUGGACGUGGAGGGCGCGCCGCACCCGCCGGAGUACCAGCGCCUCGUGCCGGGCCGCGAGAACCUGGCGCUCGACCAGCUCAUCCCGCUCGCCGACGCCAGGAGCCGCAUCGACGUCAUGAUCGAGGGCGCGCCGCACCCGCCGGAGUACCAGCGCCUCGUGCCGGGCCGCGAGAACCUGGCGCUCGACCAGCUCAUCCCGCUCGCCGACGCCAGGAGCCGCAUCGACGUCAUGAUCGAGGGCGCGCCGCACCCGCCGGAGUACCAGCGCCUCGUGCCGGGCCGCGAGAACCUGGCGCUCGACCAGCUCAUCCCGCUCGCCGACGCCAGGAGCCGCAUCGACGUCAUGAUCGAGGGCGCGCCGCACCCGCCGGAGUACCAGCGCCUCGUGCCGGGCCGCGAGAACCUGGCGCUCGACCAGCUCAUCCCGCUCGCCGACGCCAGGAGCCGCAUCGACGUCAUGAUCGAGGGCGCGCCGCACCCGCCGGAGUACCAGCGCCUCGUGCCGGGCCGCGAGAACCUGGCGCUCGACCAGCUCAUCCCGCUCGCCGACGCCAGGAGCCGCAUCGACGUCAUGAUCGAGGCUUUAGCGGCCGAGCGGACUCCCGGCCUAGUCAACGGCCUCGGCUUCGGCGGGGGUGGCGUAUGGCGCAACGAAGGCGUCAGACACACGGCCGGCUCGUGGCAGCGCGACGUGCCCGUGCCGCCCUCCUCCCGCCCGCUCGUGGCGCCCCCUCCCUCCGCCGUCACCGCGCUGCAGCACCAGCAGGGUCACACGGCCGGCUCCUGGCAGCGCGACGUGCCCGUGCCGCCCUCCUCCCGCCCGCUCGUGGCGCCCCCGCCCUCCGCCGUCACCGCGCUGCAGCACCAGCAGGGCGCGACGUGCCCGUGCCGCCCUCCUCCCGCCCGCUCGUGGCGCCCCCGCCCUCCGCCGUCACCGCGCUGCAGCACUAGCAGGGGUGAGUACACGAGGGGUCAGUCACACAGCCGGCUCCUGGCAGCGCGACGUGCCCGUGCCGCCCUCCUCCCGCCCGCUCGUGGCGCCCCCGCCCUCCGCCGUCACCGCGCUGCAGCACCAGCAGGGGUGAGUACACGAGGGGUCAGUCACACAGCCGGCUCCUGGCAGCGCGACGUGCCCGUGCCGCCCUCCUCCCGCCCGCUCGUGGCGCCCCCGCCCUCCGCCGUCACCGCGCUGCAGCACCAGCAGGGAUCGGAGAUGAACGCCUUCGAGCUGGCGUGGUACCGGCGCGAGAUGCGGCGGCGCCCCAUCAUGAUCAGCACGGCGCCGGAGCCCGUGCGCCGCCGCGCGCGCCCCAAGCCGCGCCCCGCACCACGUCCCACGCCGCAGGCUCAGCCGCCGGCGUGGUACCGGCGCGAGAUGCGGCGGCGCCCCAUCAUGAUCAGCACGGCGCCGGAGCCCUUGCGCCGCCGCGCGCGCCCCAAGCCGCGCCCCGCACCACGUCCCACGCCGCAGGCUCAGCCGGUCCGGCGAGUUGUGGAAGAGCCGUCAGCGCUAGAAGUGGUCAGUUCCGACAACGACACCUCCGACGAGUCCGUGCGGCUGUCCCGCUCGCACUCGCGCUCGUCUCGCUCGCGAUCUCACUCGCGCUCGAGCCGGUCUUCCUUGGAUCUCACUGACUCUAGUUCCCAUUCAGGAAGCAAAAGUGGCAACUCGUCAUCGUCAGCGUAUUCAGACUGGGAGGCGGGCGCCGCUCUGGCGCCGCCCACCCGCGCUCGACGACGCCCCGUGGCUGCUAGACGAUACAGUCCAAGCGUCUCCGCUCCAAAGCGUCCGGCAGCCACUAACGGAGCCGCCGCAUCCGGGUCCGGGUCCGGAUCCGGCGCGGCGCCGGCAGAUCUGCCGGAACUAUACCGGCCCGGCGAGUGGCUCACAGCGGUGUCGCCGCGCAAGGCGCCUUACCACCCACAGAUGGGUGACGCCGUUGUGUACUUCAGGCUGGGUCAUCAAAAGUAUUUGGAAGCCGUCUCAGAAAAGGACUUGUAUCCGGUGUUGCCACGGGACAGGCCGUGGGAAAACGCUCAUGUUUACGACUGCGAAGCGGCUAAAGUGGUAGGCAUCAAAUACGCCAUCAAGCCGCCGCGUGUGGCGUGCGUGCGGCUGGCGUGCUCGCUACCUCGCCCUGCUGGCAGUUCCACAUCGCCCAGCGGUGGGAGCAUCGUGGUUGUGUACCAUGACAUGCCUGAUGUUAUCGACUUCCUCGUGCUACGCCAGCAGUACAGCGCGGGCUGCGCUCGCGGCUGGACACAGGGCGAUCGCUUCCGCUGCAUGAUCGACGACUCCUGGUGGACGGGCGUGGUCCUGGAGAACACGUCCGGCUCGUCCGGCGACGGCGGUCCGGUGCCGGACGAGCCGGACGCUGCGGCGCGCUGGGCGCGGGUCGCGGCCGCCAACUUCCUGUCGCUUAAAGUGCGCUGGGAUAAUGGCGAGGUGGAGAGGCUGUCGCCGUGGGACCUCGAACCCAUGGACCCUGAGAGAUUGCCAUCAGCUCCUGGCGGUGCCGUGCCAGUGUUGCCCCACGAGUUAGAAGCAGUGUUAUAUAAAGCCGAAGCUAGCGAGUGGCCCCCACGAGGCGACCGGGCGGCGGCGUGCCGCGCUAUAGCACAUCAUCUCAAUCUGGUGAUGUCUCUAUCGGCGGCGGAACCCUUCGUAGCGCCGGUGGAUCUGCAGUUGUACCCCACUUACGCGCUGGUCGUGCCCUACCCCAUCGAUCUCAGCACCAUUCGUUCUAGGUUCGACCACCUGUUCUACCGAAGAGCUGCGGCCGCCCAAUUCGACGUACGCUACCUCGCGAGCAACGCGGAGCGUUUCAACGAACCACAUUCGCCCAUCGUCCGCCAGGCGCGGCUUAUCACCGAUCUGCUACUUUAUAUCAUCAGCCACUGGCGCGAAGUAGAUGUAGUGGCAAAGUACCACGAGCUGGCCGCCUCCUACCGCUCCGAGGACGACGAACCUUCUCGUCGUGCCGGCUCCAUCUCGUGGCGCGCGGCGUGCACGCGCGUGCUGCAGGAGCUGACGGGCUCCACCGACGCCGGGCCCUUCCGCGAGCCCGUGUCGCUAGAACAAGUCCCUGAUUACCUAACAAUAGUGAAGAACCCCAUGGAUCUGGGCACGAUAUCACAGAAGUUGGCUGCCGGCCGCUACUCCCGCCCAGUACAAGUGCACCGCGACCUCGCGCUCGUGUUUCACAACAGCAGGCUGUACAACACCAACAAGCGGAGCCGGAUCUACUCAAUGACAGUCCGCUUGUCAGCGCUGUUCGCGGCGCUCUGGGAAGCCCACGUGCCCGCUACCGCUGCCGCCUCCGCGUCAAGCUCCGCUACGCGCGUGACGCGCCACGCUCGCCGCAAACGCAUCGAGUCACACGCAGAAAGCAUGAACGGCGACGUCGUCUCCCGACCGCCGUCGCCCGACCGGCCCGAGCUCGAGCUGAACUCGGACAGCUCCUCGUCGGAGCCCCUCGCCGCGCUGGCGCAGGCGCGCCUGCAGCACCCGGACUCCUCUGACAGCGAUGUGCCGCUCCGAGCACACAGGAAAGGUAAAGGAGUGGGCAAGAAGACGAAGAUAGCCAACGGUCACGUGCCCGCCGCCGCCUCCCCGGAGCCGGAGCCGGAGCCGGAGCCGGAGCCCGCCCGCCCGGGACGCCCGGGACGCCCGGGGCCCGCGUAUGAGAGAGAUACCUACAUACCAUCCCCCAACGGAUUAUCUUCAUCGUCCACGGAGCAGAUCGAAGUGGAACAGUUGUCGAUACCGGCCGACGAUGCUUCGUUGACUUACGAUGACGACUCACCCGCCCGUGAACCGAGUCCAGAGUUCCGUCCUUCCGCGCGCCGCAAGAGAGCGCGGGGCUCCGACAGCGCGCCCUCCCCGCCGCGCCGCCGCCGCCGCCACCGCCACCGCCACCGGGACCGACACCGGGACAAGCUGCCCAAGCGGUACGUAUACAAUACUGCGGGGUUCCGACAGCGCGCCCUCCCCGCCGCGCCGCCGCCACCGCCACCGCCACCGGGACCGACACCGGGACAAGCUGCCCAAGCGGUACGUAUACAAUACUGCGGGGCUCCGACAGCGCGCCCUCCCCGCCGCGCCGCCGCCACCGCCACCGCCACCGCCACCGGGACCGACACCGGGACAAGCUGCCCAAGCGGUACGUAUACAAUACUGCGGGGCUCCGACAGCGCGCCCUCCCCGCCGCGCCGCCGCCACCGCCACCGCCACCGCCACCGGGACCGACACCGGGACAAGCUGCCCAAGCGGUACGUAUACAAUACUGCGGGGUUCCGACAGCGCGCCCUCCCCGCCGCGCCGCCGCCACCGCCACCGCCACCGCCACCGGGACCGACACCGGGACAAGCUGCCCAAGCGGUACGUAUACAAUACUGCGGGGCUCCGACAGCGCGCCCUCCCCGCCGCGCCGCCGCCACCGCCACCGCCACCGCCACCGGGACCGACACCGGGACAAGCUGCCCAAGCGGUACGUAUACAAUACUGCGGGGCUCCGACAGCGCGCCCUCCCCGCCGCGCCGCCGCCACCGCCACCGCCACCGGGACCGACACCGGGACAAGCUGCCCAAGCGGUACGUAUACAAUACUGCGGGGCUCCGACAGCGCGCCCUCCCCGCCGCGCCGCCGCCACCGCCACCGCCACCGGGACCGACACCGGGACAAGCUGCCCAAGCGGUACGUAUACAAUACUGCGGGGUUCCGACAGCGCGCCCUCCCCGCCGCGCCGCCGCCACCGCCACCGCCACCGCCACCGGGACCGACACCGGGACAAGCUGCCCAAGCGGUACGUAUACAAUACUGCGGGGCUCCGACAGCGCGCCCUCCCCGCCGCGCCGCCGCCACCGCCACCGCCACCGCCACCGGGACCGACACCGGGACAAGCUGCCCAAGCGGUACGUAUACAAUACUGCGGGGCUCCGACAGCGCGCCCUCCCCGCCGCGCCGCCGCCACCGCCACCGCCACCGGGACCGACACCGGGACAAGCUGCCCAAGCGGGUACGUAUACAAUACUGCGGGGCUCCGACAGCGCGCCCUCCCCGCCGCGCCGCCGCCACCGCCACCGCCACCGGGACCGACACCGGGACAAGCUGCCCAAGCGGUACGUAUACAAUACUGCGGGGCUCCGACAGCGCGCCCUCCCCGCCGCGCCGCCGCCACCGCCACCGCCACCGGGACCGACACCGGGACAAGCUGCCCAAGCGGUACGUAUACAAUACUGCGGGGUUCCGACAGCGCGCCCUCCCCGCCGCGCCGCCGCCACCGCCACCGCCACCGCCACCGGGACCGACACCGGGACAAGCUGCCCAAGCGGUACGUAUACAAUACUGCGGGGCUCCGACAGCGCGCCCUCCCCGCCGCGCCGCCGCCACCGCCACCGCCACCGCCACCGGGACCGACACCGGGACAAGCUGCCCAAGCGGUACGUAUACAAUACUGCGGGGCUCCGACAGCGCGCCCUCCCCGCCGCGCCGCCGCCACCGCCACCGGGACCGACACCGGGACAAGCUGCCCAAGCGGUACGUAUACAAUACUGCGGGGCUCCGACAGCGCGCCCUCCCCGCCGCGCCGCCGCUACCGCCACCGGGACCGACACCGGGACAAGCUGCCCAAGCGGUACGUAUACAAUACUGCGGGGCUCCGACAGCGCGCCCUCCCCGCCGCGCCGCCGCCACCGCCACCGCCACCGGGACCGACACCGGGACAAGCUGCCCAAGCGGUACGUAUACAAUACUGCGGGGCUCCGACAGCGCGCCCUCCCCGCCGCGCCGCCGCCACCGCCACCGCCACCGGGACCGACACCGGGACAAGCUGCCCAAGCGGUACGUAUACAAUACUGCGGGGCUCCGACAGCGCGCCCUCCCCGCCGCGCCGCCGCCACCGCCACCGCCACCGGGACCGACACCGGGACAAGCUGCCCAAGCGGUACGUAUACAAUACUGCGGGGCUCCGACAGCGCGCCCUCCCCGCCGCGCCGCCGCCACCGCCACCGCCACCGGGACCGACACCAGGACAAGCUGCCCAAGCGGUACGUAUACAAUACUGCGGGGCUCCGACAGCGCGCCCUCCCCGCCGCGCCGCCGCCACCGCCACCGCCACCGGGACCGACACCGGGACAAGCUGCCCAAGCGGUACGUAUACAAUACUGCGGGGCUCCGACAGCGCGCCCUCCCCGCCGCGCCGCCGCCACCGCCACCGCCACCGCCACCGGGAUCGACACCGGGACAAGCUGCCCAAGCGGUACGUAUACAAUACUGCGGGGCUCCGACAGCGCGCCCUCCCCGCCGCGCCGCCGCCACCGCCACCGCCACCGGGACCGACACCGGGACAAGCUGCCCAAGCGGUACGUAUACAAUACUGCGGGGCUCCGACAGCGCGCCCUCCCCGCCGCGCCGCCGCCACCGCCACCGCCACCGGGACCGACACCGGGACAAGCUGCCCAAGCGGUACGUAUACAAUACUGCGGGGCUCCGACAGCGCGCCCUCCCCGCCGCGCCGCCGCCACCGCCACCGCCACCGCCACCGGGACCGACACCGGGACAAGCUGCCCAAGCGGUACGUAUACAAUACUGCGGGGCUCCGACAGCGCGCCCUCCCCGCCGCGCCGCCGCCACCGCCACCGCCACCGGGACCGACACCGGGACAAGCUGCCCAAGCGGUACGUAUACAAUACUGCGGGGCUCCGACAGCACGCCCUCCCCGCCGCGCCGCCGCCACCGCCACCGCCACCGGGACCGACACCGGGACAAGCUGCCCAAGCGGUACGUAUACAAUACUGCGGGGCUCCGACAGCGCGCCCUCCCCGCCGCGCCGCCGCCACCGCCACCGCCACCGCCACCGGGACCGACACCGGGACAAGCUGCCCAAGCGGUACGUAUACAAUACUGCGGGGCUCCGACAGCGCGCCCUCCCCGCCGCGCCGCCGCCACCGCCACCGCCACCGGGACCGACACCGGGACAAGCUGCCCAAGCGGUACGUAUACAAUACUGCGGGGCUCCGACAGCGCGCCCUCCCCGCCGCGCCGCCGCCACCGCCACCGCCACCGGGACCGACACCGGGACAAGCUGCCCAAGCGGUACGUAUACAAUACUGCGGGGCUCCGACAGCGCGCCCUCCCCGCCGCGCCGCCGCCACCGCCACCGCCACCGCCACCGGGACCGACACCGGGACAAGCUGCCCAAGCGGUACGUAUACAAUACUGCGGGGCUCCGACAGCGCGCCCUCCCCGCCGCGCCGCCGCCACCGCCACCGCCACCGGGACCGACACCGGGACAAGCUGCCCAAGCGAACACGAGAGAGGUUCACAGACGGAUCUUCGCCGUCCACUUCAUCAAAUUCAGAGCACUCGCCAGAGAGAGACGGGCAGCGUCGCUACGAGUCUGACCACUCUUACCACCCGCGCUGUUCCAGCGACGACGAACCCCUUCAGCGAUACAGAGAAAGACAAGAAAACGACGCGUCACAAGGAGAACACUCGGGCACUAGUAGAUCGAGGCCUCCACACAGUCGGAGAGGCGGCGUGAAGCUACGAAUUCGCAGACCGGCGAUAUAUAACGAAGACAGCGAGGAAGACUCGGCGGCCGCCAUUAGUAAACGCGCGCCGCAUCACUCGCGCGCCGCGCCGCAUCACCAGCGGAGGAGGCAUCACGCGGCACAGAGUGCAGCCACAGAGGCCGCCAUGGAGGCCGGGGCGCGCCUGCUGCGACACUCGGGCGGCAGCAGCGCGCUCGCCAUCGCCGACCACGACUACCUUCACUCGCAGCCCCACGACCACCACAACGGACACGCCUCAAGCUCUCAGUCGGAGGCCCCCGCGGUGUCCAUCUCGUCGCGAGGCCGCGUGCGCAAGCUCACCGCCAAGGCCAGGGGCCUAUUGCGAGAGUAAACACCACAAGCACUUACACAGUAUGUAAUCUGAACGUUCGAGGAGUUAGGUGGCCUGGACAAAUGUACAUAUACAAAUUGCGGAAUGGUGGAAAAGUUCACCGAAAUUGAGAAAAAAGAAAACACGUAUAUCAAUACGAAUAUGUAUGGUUUGAACUGCGCUCAGCUGUGGGCUGCCUUUUCAAUUUACUGACAUUAAGUACAGUCGCCAUGAGAUAUAUCGAAGCGGCCAGGGCACUCACAAAUAUCUGAACACGCCUCUAUUAUCAAGGCGUUAUAAGUGUGUUCAGAUUUUUGAUCACCUCGGCCGCUCUGAUAUAACUCCACGGUACUUGUUACACAUAUAUUUUUUUAUUAAUGAUCUCAAGUGACAACACUAAAUUUUAUCUUGUGUACUCGUAACGCGCACAGUAUAAAACGUUAUACUAUAAAUGACGAAACAAAUGAAAUUCGAUUUUAUUUCGUGUAUAAAAGGUUUGAAACAGUGUACAUUGUAAUGCACAUUGGGCGUUACGAGGAUUUACUUUAAACUAUAGGAGUAAUGAAAACAGCGUAAUUUUAAGAACUCGCGUCCAAUCAGUGUGAUAAAUUAAGUAUACAUAAGCUAGUUUAUUUUGUAUGUGACUUGUCUGUCCGUCUGUCUAUCCACGUACGACUUCAUCUAAAUAAACAAUGGGGUUGGCAACCGUCAAAGGUUUGCAGAGAUGGCGCCAUCAUAGCUUGCCCCUUUUUCUAUGAGAUUUGGCUUAAAGGGCUGGCAUCCAUGGCAUUAAAAAAACAAAAAUUUGACACAAUUCUAGGGAUUGACAGGGCAAGCUAUGCUGGCGCCAUCUGCUAAACAUUUCGACCGGCCAACCCCAUUGGAAUAUUUCACAUACAUUUAUUUGUGUAAGUCUAAUAAGAACAAAACUAGAUACAUGUAUUAAUUUGUUUCUUUAACUUGUAUAUGUAUGUAUGUAUUUAUUUCUAUAAGUUCCACUCGCUUCCACUGCCCACAUAUAUAGGCUUUAAAAUCUUGUAAAAAAUUAUGCCUAACAUGAAAAACUUUCGUUAUCUGCCUCUAUCGCUCUUGCAUAUUCUAGCGAUAGAGGCAGAUAAACAAAUAUCGAUUUUCGUUUUUACGGCACACGGAUAUUAAAUUAAUCAAGUUAAAGAUAAAAUCGACUCUUGACAAUAGUCACAUUACUACUAUACAAGAUUUAUUUUUGUCUGCUUUUCUGUCACAUUUUUUUUUUCGAAAACAUAACGAAUAUGGAGUCUCCAUGAUAACGAAGAUGAAUUUCUCUUCUUUUUUAAUAAAGAAAUAUUUUUUAAACUAUCAUCAUUGUACUUACCUACGCACAAUUUGUAGUAAGCUUAAUGUGUACAUAAUUAUACAUAAAAUCUGACAUCGAAGAAUUUAAUGUAUUUAAAACCUGUAAGGAUAGGUCUAGGUAUUCAGGAAUGGCUAAUUGUACUAGGUACUGCCUAGGCAGUACAUCCCUAAGGGCAUAGGUACUAACGCGAGAAUUAGAACGUGAGGCGUAAUGCAGUCUCUUUAUGGCGACUGUCCAAACAGAACGAGGUUCAAUCACAGAGUGACGUCAGCCUGGCCUUCACCCUCACCCACAGAUAUAAAUAUACUAUAGAAGACGCAAAUGCAUCUACUUCCACAGUCCGUCACAGGUAAGUAAUUUUAAUAUUAUAUUAUGCAUAUUUUUUUAUGAAAAACUCGGCACGCUUGUUUUCAAGACAAAUCGUGAUAUUUGCGUCAUCUAGCGUAUAUAUUAAAUCUGUGCCCUCACUAAUUAGAUGAUUUUUUUUAUUUGCAUUAAUUAUUUUUAUAUGAUUUUGACCCAUGUUCUUUCACUGAUAUGCGUUAAACUUGUUUAAUAACAAACAAAACCGUCAACGCCAUCUAUUCGAGAGUAGACCAAAGGUAGUGGCGCCAUCUGAUCGAGAAUCAAAUUUUCUUGAUUUUCGAGGCACGUUUUUUCCUAAGACUUUAUCCAUCUAUUACGGAUAUAUCUAUCUUUGAGUAUGUAUAACCAAAGAUAGAUAUAAGUAUAACACAUCAAAUUGCGUAAUAUACCUAUAGUUAGUCAAGCCAAUCUUGUCAGUAAAUAAGAGUAAAAAAACUAUACUCAUCCUUUUUUUUUGGGUGCUAGUAAUAGUGUAAGACAAAGAUAGUAUGAUUAUCUCUGUCUAUGUUUGAAAUGAGACAGUCCUUUGACAAACUAUAGUAUAAAAAUUAAAUCAAAUUUUGAUUUGAUCGCAUUGCGUUUGUUCUAUCCUUUGUGGCCGCUAUAUAGUAUGCUUCCUUUUACAAAAAGAGCCAUGGCAAUGUCACACAAUAUAUUUUUUCAUUAGUCAAUAUUUAUCUUUAUUUUUAAGUUUAGUUUUUUUUAUGCAAUAGAAAUUGGAGGUAAUGUUUUUUGUAUCGAUAAUUUCAAUAAGUAUUUUUAUUUAGCGAAAUUUCUUAGCCUAAGUAAUGCCUGAAUUAGUACUUAUUUAUUUAAAAUAUGAAAUUGAGUCAAUUAAUAUCAGUAACAACAAUCAACCGCAUCUGGUUUAUGCGAUUAGGAACUUAUUUUGAAUAGAAUAAGGUUCAAAUUGUGUAUAUUUCACGCAAUAUGUAAUAGUACAGUCAGCAUGAAAUAGAUAGGUUCGGCUAAAAUGGCCAAAUACAUCGUAAGACACAUUUGCUAUCAUAGAAAUAAGGAUGUGUUCCGAUAUUUUUGGCCACUUUGGCCGUCACUAUUUUUUGACGCUGACUGUACAUGUACAGUCGCCAUCAGAUAUAUCGGAGCGUCCGAGGUGCUCAAAAAUAUCUAAACAAGCACUAACGCCUUGAGAACAGAGGCGUGUUCAGAUAUUUGUGAGCACCUCGGACGGUCCGAUAUAUCUGAUGGCAACUGUACCAUGUAAGCUAAGUAGCGAAUUAUGAAAUUGUAAUUUUUUUCGUUUAUACUGUUUCUUAAUAAGCACAAUUGUAUUAUUGAUGAUGUACAUAGGUACUGAGCGGAAUGCAUGUUUAGUAUAAUACCUAGAUUAAAUAUUUUGUAUCUGUGGUAAAUUAAUAAUUUUGUAUUUAAUAAAAAAAGACCUCAACGAUACUAUUAGGUAUAGGCCAGAGCACACCGGCUACGCGUGCACGUGCGCUCAAAUGUUAAAGCCGUGCACGCACACGUCACGCAGGCGGUGUGCCGUCUUUUAUACAGUUCUGUAUAUUACAACACGAAUCCGGUGUGCACUGCCCUUACUGAUUUGAAAUAAAUGAAAAAUGGAAACGAUCAGUUGCUAACGGUGGGCUGCUAUCCCGUUGUCACAAGUUCGACUCUCGCUAGACAGUAUUUUUUUCAAUUUUUUUAUUAUUUCGAAACUGAUAGUUUGUGAAAUGUACAGGGGUCUGUAUCUGUAUAUAAUGUAUGAAUAUUUCUUGAUGUUUGCAAUGGAAUAAUAAUAUUAUUUGAACUUUUAUUUUAUCAGCUGUCACGACUGUCCAUAUUGUGACUUGAAUUUAGCCUUUUGAACGCUAAGUUUGCCCUCCUAACAAUUGAAAAGUUCACUUUAUUUCCUUAAACCUUAGUUUAAGAAAAUAAAGUUAAUAUUGUUUUAUUUGUUAAUUGGACGAAACAGAACGCUCACAGUAAGAAUAAUUUAUAUUUCAUUUAAUUGAACAAGUAGGUACUAUGCUAGCUUUGGGAGGCUAUAUGUGACGUUCCACGGGAAAAGGUACCUUAUGGCGGUUAGCGCUUACGUCACGUAGCACCAAUACUAAUUGGAGCGUCGUUAAUAUUAGCGUAAGUGGCAACCGCAAUAAGGUACCUUUACUCGUCACAUAUAAUAUGUAUAUAACUUGACUAAAUUCAGGACUUGAUUGUGUGUUGAAUGCAUAGGCAUUCAUUAAAGCUAAUAACUUCAAGCUUCAAGAACAUAUAAGACUUGGCGUGCAAAAGCUAAAAAUUAGGUUUGAUUUGGAUUCUUCGAAUACCUUGCGGGCAAUAUUGUGUUGUGUACCUUUGCUUUGUAAAUAGUUGGACAAAGAUGUGGUUGUGUUGAUGUUGAAACCAAAUCGAAUAAAUUGAUUAUUUUGUACUA